AUGCCCUCCCAGAAAAAGCGUGGUCGACCACGAAAAGACAACGAUGAUCCAGCAGAGCCGCAAGAAGAGCGGCGUCGGAAACAGAUCCGCCUAGCACAGCGUGCGUACCGGGAGCGGGAAAAAGGUGUCCUUUCACAGCAUGAGAUACGAAUUGCGCAGUUGGAGACGUCAAUCAAGCAAAUGAACAGGGCCAUUUCAUCGUUCGGCGAGCAGUUGGCAAAGAGCCGAGUCCUGGCAUCCCACACCAACCUCCAAGAUCAGCUGCUCAAGACCGUCGCGACAUGCAAGUCCAUUAUUGAACACAGUGGGCUAGCAACAGAAGAGGGACAGCUCACUCCGUCCACGGAAAAUGAUGAAUCCCCCCUGUCGCAAGCAGAGCUGGGGAGAAUCUCUAAUCCAAGCCCAUCAGUUCAACUUCAGGGGCGACAGAGAUACCCGUCACUUAUUUCAUCCCCCUUGGUUGACAUCUCCCUUCAGGAUUUCUCGUCGCCCCUGGGCCACGGAUCGUCUCUCUUGUUCGAUAAUGUGACUACCACAACGAUGCCCACUGUAGAUCUAUCGCUAUUCAUCCGCCAGCUACGUAUUGCAAGUAUGUACCACGCGUUCUUCUCGCUGCGCGAUUCCUCUCAAAAGCUGGACGAUCUACGAAAGAAGUUCCGAUUCCUGUUUAGCAUACUGAGUCGCGAAGAUCUGACUUCAUACUUUGAGGCCGGGCUAGUUGCUAAGAUCCACCCAGAACGCAUGCUAGAGUGGGAAGAGCUUCCUUUUUUCCAUGUAGGCGGUGCAGGAUCGCAUUUUCUCCAGUCGUCGCGCUCUCUAUACGAAAACAAAUACCCGGUCAGAGAAGAUCCGCUCUCCGAGUUUCCUUCGGAUAUUCAAGACGAAAUGGAUGGGAGGUGGUACGAUAUUAAGGACCUCGAAGGGUUUAUCCAAGAGCGUGGGGUUCAGCUGCUGGCAGACUCACCCACGGUGUCGAGACAGGGUUUAACGAAUCCAACCGCCGUCAGUGCCUCUGGUCUGAUCAAAGGUAUUUUUCCUUCGUUUAUACGUGGUUUCAAGAGUGAUUUCUGA